UGCUGGAAGCUGAGCGGCACGUAGUCGUCUCAGCAAAGCGGGAGUCCAGGUAGCGCAGCGUAGUACAGCAUUUCCUAAAUAGUCAGUAUGGAGUUGAUGGAUUAUUUGGAUGAAUCGAAAUGGGAGAGAGUGCCCAACGUGAACAGUGAGGACAAACCGGCAGACUUCAAAAAGUAUCACGUGAUGUCGCACAAGCCCACGUCACCGGGAGUAUGGUCCUACGCAGUAGCAGAAUUCGACACCGGCGCGUCUUGCCAGGUUCAAUUAUUAGGAGCGCUACCUGACGUCAAUCCAAAACACGAUCCACUGAGAGGAGUUGGUAACGUUGGCAUGAAACUCGGAGGCGCAGACGGGUGCCAAGUUAUAGGACUUCUUGCCUACGAUGAUUGUGUCCAAUACAAGGGUUGAUAUGUGUCUCAUAUUGGGAACCACACAUUAUUUUUCUUUCACUGGGACUAAAAAACCUAACCCAAUUGACGUAUGUACAUGAUCGACCCCAAGCCCCUUCUAACCUUCCCGUGGAACGGAACUUUUCAGUUCGGUUGUGUCACUUUGCCACUGCAAACGUGACUUGACAGUGGCGGAAUGCGAUGCAGGUGGCGGUUGGUCUGUUUGUUAUUGUUUGAGAGCCUCGCUGGAUAACCCAGUAUGAGAGGGAAUGGCUAACAAAACUUGCGUUCUUUUGUCAAUGUUUAAGAAACAAUCUUGGAGAAUAUGAAAGUAUUCAUGGCCGACUAUGGAAUAUAUAUAAUUACAUAUCGUCAUCCUUGUACAAACCUCGCUCCUCGCAUUCACGUUAUUAUUAUUAUUAUUAUGACGUAAUAGGGAUAUAUUAUUGAUAUUUUGGCGUUAUACCGACAAAUAUAAUCCGUUAAUAUAAUUUAAUGACGUAAAGUAGACAACGUCAGGGUUUUGAUGACGUCAUACCACCAUCCUGUUCACCAGUGUUAUCUCACACCACAGUGAAUAAAUUUAUUUGAUUGAA